GCCCUAUGUCCCCGCCCGCCGCCCAGGCUGAAAGGCCCGGGGACGCGCGGUGCGGCCGCGAUGGGCCCGCGAACCGCGCGCGCGCUGCUGCGGGUGCUCCGGGCGCUGGCGGUGCUCCGGCUGCUGGGGGUGCGGACCGCAGCCGCGCAGGGCCCAGCGCGAUCACACUCUCUGCGCUACCUCUUCAUGGGUGCCUCAGAGCCUGACCUUGGGCUGCCCCUGUUUGAGGCCUUGGGCUACGUGGACGACCAGUUGUUUGUGUCCUACGAUCACGAGAGUCGCCGAGCAGAGCCCCGGGCCCCAUGGGUCUUGGAUAGGGCUUCCAGUUCACUGUGGCUGCCGCUGAGCCAGAGUCUGAAGGGCUGGGACCAUAUGUUCACAGUGGACUUGGGGACUAUCAUGGACAACUGCAAUCACCUUAAGGUAACAAAGGUGUGCUUCGUUACACACUCUGGUGUGCUGCCAGAGUCCCACACCCUGCAGGUGGUCCUAGGCUGUGAGGUACGAGAGGACAACAGCACCAGGACCUUCUGGAAGUACGGCUACGACGGGGAGGACCAUCUCGAAUUCUGCCCCGAGACGCUGGAUUGGAGAGCUGCAGAGCCGAGGGCCCAGGCCACCAAGCUGGAGUGGGAAGUGAGCAAGAUUCGGGCCAAGCAGAACCGAGCCUACCUAGAGAGGGAGUGCCCUGAACAGCUGCACUGGCUGCUGGAGCUGGGCACAGGGGUGCUGGACCGGCAAGUGCCUCCUUUGGUGAAGGUGACUCGUCAUGUGGCCUCUGCCGUGACCACUCUUCGGUGUCAGGCUCUGAACUUCUACCCCCAGAACAUUACCAUGAGGUGGUGGAAGGACAGGCAGCCAGUGAACGCCGAGGACGUGGAGCCUGGGGACGUGCUGCCCAGUGGGGACGGGACCUACCAGGGAUGGGUGGCUGUGGCCACGCCCCCUGGGGAAGAGCACAGAUACACCUGCCAUGUGACACACCCAGGCCUGCAGCAGCCCCUCACUGCCACCUGGGAGUCCUCGCUGUCCGGCUCCCAGGUCACUGCGGUCAUCAGUGGGAUCACCGUUUGUUCCGUCAUCCUCUUUGUUGGAAUUCUGUUCAGAAUCCUGAGGAAAAGGCAGGCUUCCCGGGGAGCCACGCAGGAGUACAUGUUAGCCGACCUUGAAUGAGGGACGGCCAGCAGACCCGGUGGGGAGGACACCUUGCAAGGCUGUAGGGCUCAUGUGUGCAGCCCUUCCUGUUCCAGGACAGGGCUGGGCCUGACAAGUAGGCACUGUCCCCAGAACUGGCUCUCAGGACUCUCAGGCUGCACGUGGACGCUGCAAUUGUUUCCUGGAUCGCCUCCCACUCCACACGCCCACAGCCUCUCACCUCCUACCUCUGUGACCGGGCUCCUUUACCUGGGGACUCGUGAGUCUUUUUAACUUAGCGUGAGAAAAGCUAUGAACCUUCUCCUCAGGACAUAGUCUCUCGGACUCCCACCGGAAUUCUGCACACAUCCAGGCACUUCCUGCACCCAUUCUAGUUUCCCUGUAAUCCCCUCUCUUUCUAUUAGCCAGUCAGUCAUCUGUCACCCAGCCUUGUGGUCCCUUCCACCAGACAGUGACCUGGGGCACGUGUAGCUGUCGAGCCCGUACCCUGUGCGACCGCAUGCGGACAGGGGCGCCUUUCCCGUCCAGGUUUCCUGGAUGUUUGUGUGCUGGGACAGUUUUCCAGAAAGUGGGUGGCACGUGUCCUGCCAAGGGUCCCUUUGUUGCCUCGUGCACAGAGGUGCCCCUCAGGCUUCCUCAGUCAGCCAGGCCUGCCUUUCCAGCACCUCCCUGGGAUGCCAGACUCCAAGUCGCACAACCAGUCUCUACUUGGCCUCUGCUGACCCUUUCCUUGUUUUGAUCAUGAAAAUGACAGUAAGGACGAUGAGGAUGAGGAUAAGUGGUUGACACAUGAAAAAGAAAGAGCGUCCUUGGAUCCAGACUGCGUCUGGAGCACCCACUUACAUGCAUUGUCUCGUGUAAUUCUUAGCAGAAUUCUUUGAUGUGAAGUAGUGUCAUCCUCAUUUCUUCAAACAAAGACAGUGAAGUACAGAGCGUCUCACAGCUUGCCAGGUUCGAGCUGCGUCCGAGUGCCCCGGACCCCCUCUCCCACCCACUGCCUUCCCAGCCGGGACGUGUGAUGCAGGAGGAAGGCGUGCCUACCAGACAGUCUUCUGCCUCACUGUCUUUGUUCUCAGUGAGCUGGACUCGCUGAAGGGAAGCCAGCAGAAAACAGCUUCCGCUGUGCUCCCUUUCACAGGCCUGUGGGAAGGACCCGGCGUGUGACUCCCCAGCUGUUCUGUUGCCACCAGCAGUCUGCCCUCUCGGCCACGCCUCUUAGGUGCCAGGACAGGACUGUCAUUGGUGUCGGUGAGUGGCUGUGUUGGACCUCACAGUGUCCUCCCCCCACUAGGGCCCCUGGACUCAGAACCUCAGUGGCAUUUCACCUCCAUGAACUGGGAAAACUCAUUAAAUGUGGUAAAACCGUAGCCGCCAAAUGGCCCGGAGGGUAGCUGGCACCUUCCUGGUGCCCUGAGAGUUUGGUUCUCAUCCAUCCCCAGCUGUCAAAACAUUUAGUCUGACCAGCCCCUCGGGAACGAGUAGAGUCUGGUUAAGUGAGUCAUCUGACCACCCUGAAGGUUGGGGGGGGAUCUGCCUGACCCUGCCACACACGUGUGG